CUGCGCAUGUGCGGGAGGCGCCCGAGUUUCCCUUUGCAACUUUUGAGUGACGGGGACGCCGCCCCAGCCGGCCAGGUGCAGACGCCGCGCCUUCGCCGCAGGGAAGCCUGUGAAGGCUGGCGCUCCCCGGUCUGGGGUCAGGACGGCCCUGCAGGAAAUGAGUAGCAGGCCCGAGGCGUCCUCGGAGGCGUCUGGGGCUGCCUCUGUGUGUGCCAGAGCCGAAGCCGGAGCCGGCUCCAAGUGAGGACCUCUCAGAGGGACGCACCCACAGUCCUCCCUGCUGGUUUUCUCUCUAGGGAGGACAGUCGCGAUGACCGGCCCCCGGUCCCUGGAGCUGUGGCAGUCCGAGGUGGUGUCCCUGCGUGGGCGGCUGGGCCUCGGGGACCGGCCCAACGACUCCUACUGCUACAACUCAGCCAAGAACAGCACCGUGCUGCAGGGGGUCACCUUUGGAGGCGUCCCCACCGUCCUGCUCAUAGACGUCGUUUGCUUCCUGUGUUUAAUUUCGGUGUUUACCAUCAUAAGAAGGAGAUUCUGGGAUUAUGGCCGCAUUGCACUGGUGUCGGAAGUUGACAGCGAGUCCAGAUUCCAGAGAUUAUCUUCAUCUUCCUCUUUCGGGCAACAAGAUUUUGAAAGCGAGCUGGGAUGCUGCCCCUGGCUGACCGCCAUCUUCCGACUGCAUGAUGACCAGAUCCUGGAGUGGUGUGGGGAGGACGCCAUCCACUACCUGUCCUUCCAGAGACACAUCAUCUUCCUGCUGGUGGUGGUCAGCUGCUUGUCCCUGUGCGUCAUCCUGCCUGUCAACCUCUCGGGCGACUUGCUGGACAAAGACCCUUACAGUUUUGGGAGGACAACGAUAGCAAACCUGCAGACCAACAAUGACCUUCUGUGGCUGCACACCAUCUUUGCUGUCCUCUACCUCAUCCUCACCGUGGGCUUCAUGCGGCACCACACCCAGUCCAUCUGGUACAAGGAAGAGAGCCUGGUGAGGCGGACCCUGUUCAUCACGGGCCUCCCGAGAGACACCAAGAAGGAGACCGUGGAGAACCACUUCCGGGAUGCGUAUCCCACAUGUGAGGUGUUGGACGUUCAGCUGUGCUACAACGUGGCCAGACUGCUGUCCCUGUGCAGGGAGAGGAAGAAGACGGAGAAGAGCCUGAGCUAUUACACGAGCCUACGGGCAAAGACAGGCCAGUGGACCCUGAUCAACCCCAGGCCCUGUGGCCAGUUCUGCUGCUGCGAAGUGCCCGGCUGUGAGUGGGAGGACGCCAUCGCUUACUACACGCGUCUGAAGGACAGGCUGACCGAGAGGAUCAUGGAGGAGGAGCGCCGGGUCCAGGAGAGGCCACUGGGGAUGGCAUUCGUCACCUUCCAGGAGAAGUCCAUGGCCACCUACAUCCUGAAGGACUUCAAUGCGUGUAAGUGUCAGAGCCUGCGGUGCAAAGGAGAGCCCCAGCCGUCCUCCUGCAGCGGGGAGCUCCGCACCUCCAAAUGGACAGUGGCUUUUGCCACUUACCCCGAGGACAUCUGCUGGAAGAACCUGUCCAUCCAGGGCUUCCGCUGGUGGUUCCAGUGGCUGGGUAUCAACUUCACGCUCUUUGUGGGACUGUUUUUCCUGACCACGCCCUCCAUCAUCCUGUCCACUAUAGACAAGUUCAAUGUCACCAAACCCAUCCACGAGCUGAACGACCCCAUCAUUAGCCAGUUCUUCCCGACCCUUCUGCUCUGGUCCUUCUCAGCCCUGCUCCCCACUGUCGUGUACUACUCCACACUGCUGGAGUCUCACUGGACCAAGUCUGGAGAGAACCGGAUCAUGAUGUCAAAAGUCUACAUAUUUUUGAUCUUCAUGGUGCUGAUCCUGCCUUCCCUGGGCCUCACCAGUCUGGACUUUUUCUUCCGGUGGCUCUUUGACAAAACUUCCUCAGAAGGCUACAUCAGGCUGGAGUGCGUCUUCCUGCCUGACCAGGGUGCCUUCUUCGUGAACUACGUCAUCGCCUCGGCCUUCAUCGGCAACGGGAUGGAGCUGCUCCGGCUGCCAGGCCUGGUGCUCUACACCUUCCGCAUGUUCAUGGCCAAGACGGCAGCCGACCGCAGGAAUGUCAAGCAGACCCAGGCCUUCCAGUACGAGUUCGGCGCCAUGUACGCGUGGGUGCUGUGUGUCUUCACGGUCAUCAUGGCCUACAGCAUCACCUGCCCCAUCAUUGCACCCUUCGGCCUCAUCUACAUCCUGCUCAAGCACAUGGUGGACCGGCACAACCUCUACUUUGCCUACCUCCCGGCCAAGCUAGAGAAGAGGAUUCACCUGGCAGCCGUGAACCAGGCUCUGGCUGCGCCCAUCCUCUGCCUCUUCUGGCUCUGUUUCUUCUCCUUCCUACGUCUGGGUCUGAGGGCCCCCCUCACCCUGUUCACGCUCCUGGUUGUGCUGCUCACCAUCUUGGUCUGUGUGGCCUACACCUGCUUCGGAUGUUUCAAGCACCUCAGCCCGCUGAACUACAGGACGGAGGACUCGGGCAGUGACAGAGGAAGUGAGGCAGAUGCCCCCAGGCCAGCAGCCUUCACGCCCUACGUGCCCCGGAUUCUGAGCGGCCUGUCCUCAGAGAGAACAGCCCUGUCCCCGCAGCAGCAGCAGACCUAUGGCGCCAUCCACAGCAUCAGCGAGACUGUCCCAGGGCCCCGGGGACAGUGACAGCAGCGUACCUGCCUACCAGGAGGCCUGAGGGCUGCCGGGCCAGACUCGGAGCCAGGAGAGGAGACCCAGGCCGGAAGGUGGCUUGACUCAGGCCCCAGCCGAGCCCAGGAUGACUUCCCACCGGUUUUAAGCACAGCUGCUCUUAAGCGAUGGAACCGGAAAGGUGUUCUUGCCCUUGGCCGAGGGGGCAGGCUGGGACUGCCAUGGGGUGGUGAGCACUGGCCUUUCUGGCCACAGUAGAGGGGACGGGAGCUUCGCAGCUCUGAGCCCGGCUCAUUUCCAGGUCCCCCUCCUGCACAAACGUCCAGCUCUGUGGCUGGGAUGCCGUCCCUGGGGAUUUUGGGCAGAAUCCCAUAUUAGAAUUGUGCACCCAUAGCCCCACUGCCGUGGUGACGGACUCUGGUACGAGGGAGGACACGCGACUUGCCAGCCCCAGAAGACCCCUCAACUAGCCAAUAACCAAAAAGCCUGCAGCGGAUCCCAGCUGGAGAGGGGGUCCAGACGAUGGCUGGUGUCCAGCCCUCCCCCUCCAAUCUGGGAGCUGCUGUGGGAACAGGCGGGCAGUGGGCCAGGCCCUGCUGGCUGGGCUGCAACCCUGGCUGAAAGGACAGGUGGCUCCUUCCUUUUUCUCCCUGUGGGGAUGGGGACUGGCAGCCUCCCACGGCCUCCAGGGGGUGCCAGAGGCACAGGGGCCAGGUGGGUGGUAGCCCAGGCCACCUGCCACCCACCCCUCCUCCCCCAACAGCAGCCCCAUACUCUGGGCAGCCAGGGACAUGAGGAGGGGGUGGAGUGUCCUGGUGCCCCCCGCCCCCGGGCCUGUUCCGCCCUUCCCAGUGGGGACCCCCCUCCCCAACCCAGACCCAACCUGCCAGCUGUACUGGGAUGGCUUCCCAUUUGGGACGGGUAUGCCCAUGUCACCUGCUUCCAGCCAUUCUUAGGAAUAGAAUCAUUUAUCAUCACUGA